AGCUUGUUGAUCUCCCGAACAACGUUCUUGCCCCGGGUAGAUAUAACAACUUCCACGAUUUCGAUAGUGAUGCUGGGGCCGUAAUGGUAAUGGAAUAUUUCUCGAGAGGCGAACUGAAUGAUAUUCUGUGUCGGAUGAACGAGGCGGCUAGGGCCAACGUUAACCUUCCCGACGACGAAAAAACGUUGGAAUUUAUACCGCAUCGUAUAUUAUGGAGGAUGUUUCUUUGCUGUAGGAUGCCGUAUCCAGCAAAAAUACCAAGUAUUUCACUAAUAUGACUUUUCAACGACGUUAGUCGCCAAAAUGUGUGUAG